AUGUUUCCCCUUCCGCAGCGCCUCGCCCUGCCCCUCUUCCUGCUCGUGGCACUAUUCUCGAGCAAGAGCAUCGCCUUCGGCAUCUGCUACUUCAACCCGACGUGUCAGAAUGAUCCCAUCCAUCCGGGCAUACCUAUGGAAAGCACAUCAGUGCGAGUCCGAGCAGUUAAGUUUGACGAUGUUGCGUGGUGUGCACGGUGCAAGGGAGUCACGAACGUCAACCACAAGUACCGCUGCAUGCUGCCCCCAGGAGUCUCUUCGCCUGAUGAUGGCAAAGUCGUGAGGAAGAGGCUGCCCCCGACGAGGGACCAAGGGGAGCCAUGA